AGUUGAGGGGUUCGUCGCUGGGGAUAACUGUUCAUAUUUCCAACCUGGCUGCUGGGCGGAGGACUGUUGCAAUGCCAUCCCAUUCAACAUUUUUGGUGCUUUGUGGAAAAGGGAUGCUGGAAUGAAGCUGAGCACUAUGGGGUUCUCCAGUUUGGUUCUUCUGACUCUUCCAGCUCUCCUUACCCUCAUCAGCAACUCACAUGCAGCAGAGAAAGUGCCCAUACUGAACAUUGCUGUCAUCCUGGGUCAAACACGCUACAUCUCAGACAGAGAUAUACGUGCUCUGUGGAGCAAAGAUGAUCCCAUUGACGUCAACGUCGUGACCCUGCUAGUGAAUGAGACGGACCCCAAAAGCAUAAUUACCCAUGUGUGCGAUCUUAUGUCCGGGACUAAAAUCCAUGGGGUGGUGUUUGGGGACGGCACAGACCAGGAAGCCAUUGCCCAGAUUUUGGAUUUUAUUUCCUCUCAGACAUUGAUACCCAUCCUGGGGAUCCAUGGGGGCUCGUCCAUGAUCAUGGCGGAUAAGGAUGUGAAAUCAACAUUCUUCCAGUUUGGGGCCUCAAUCCAGCAGGAGGCGCUGCUCAUGCUCAACAUCAUGGAAGAGUAUGACUGGCAUGUCUUCUCCAUAGUGACCAGCAAGUUCCCAGGAUACCAGGAUUUCAUUGCCAUUCUGAAGACCACGGUGGACAACAGCUUUGUGGGUUGGGACCUUCAGCACACCAUCACUUUUGAUGCAGUAGACGGGGACUCUCGAACCCAGAUUCAGCUAAAGAAGGUGCAGUCUCCAGUCAUCCUGUUGUUCUGCUCCAAGGACGAAGCAUCUUAUAUCCUGGAGGAGGCUCGUUCGCUGGGACUUACCGGAUAUGGCUACAUCUGGAUCGUGCCUAGUCUGACCACGGGUAAUCCGGAAAUCACACCAGAUUCGUUCCCCUCUGGAAUGAUCUCUGUAUCCUACGAUGACUGGGACUAUCCUCUGGAGGCGAGGGUUCGGGAUGGGCUUGGGAUUAUAACUACAGCUGCUGCAGCCAUGUUGGAAGAGUUUGGGGAUAUUCCAGAGGCCAAAACGAGUUGCUAUGGCCAAAUGGAGAAAGCGAAGUUGCCACCCAGCGCAUUACACAAGUACAUGAUGAACGUAACCUGGGACAGCAGAGAUUUGUCCUUCACAGAGAAUGGUUACCAAGUGCAUCCCAAACUGGUGGUGAUUGUUUUGAACAAGGACAGAGAGUGGGAAAAGAUGGGCAAAUGGGAGAACCAGAGUUUGACUUUGAAAUAUCCGGUGUGGCCACGCUUCAACUCUUUCGGUGACGCUGAGACGGAUGACAACCACCUGACCAUUGUAACAUUGGAAGAGAAGCCUUUUGUCAUCGUGGAGAACGUGGAGCGUCUCACGGGCACCUGCAUGAGAAACUCUGUGCCCUGCCGCAAACACAUCAAAGACAAUACCACCGUGGGAGGAGGAACAUACAUUAAAAAGUGCUGCAAAGGCUUCUGCAUCGACAUCCUAAAGAAGAUUGCACGGAAUGUGAAGUUUACAUAUGAUCUUUAUCUAGUGACCAAUGGGAAGCAUGGGAAGAAGAUCAACAAUGUGUGGAAUGGCAUGGUGGGAGAGGUGUUGAACAAAAAAGCAGUCAUGGCUGUGGGCUCCCUGACAAUCAAUGAGGAGCGCUCAGAGGUCAUUGAUUUCUCUGUCCCUUUUGUGGAAACAGGGAUUAGUGUGAUGGUAUCCCGUAGCAACGGAACCGUAUCUCCAUCAGCGUUUUUAGAGCCCUUCAGUGCAUCUGUGUGGGUGAUGAUGUUUGUGAUGCUGCUGCUGGUCACUGCAAUGGCUGUCUUCAUGUUUGAGUACAUCAGCCCCUUAGGCUUCAACAGAAACCUAGCUCAGGGCAAAGAUCCCCAUGGACCAUCCUUCACAAUGGGGAAAGCAGUUUGGCUGUUGUGGGGUUUGGUAUUCAACAACUCUGUGCCAGUGCAAAACCCCAAAGGCACCACCAGUAAAUUCAUAGUGUCCGUCUGGGCCUUCUUUGCUGUCAUCUUCCUGGCCAGUUACACUGCUAACCUGGCCGCCUUCAUGAUCCAAGAGGAAUUUGUUGACCAAGUGACGGGUCUGAGUGACAAAAAGUUCCAGAGUCCAUACUCCUACUCCCCUCCUUUCCGCUUUGGAACGGUUCCCAACGGAAGCACAGAAAGGAACAUCAGAAAGAACUACCCAGACAUGCACCAGUACAUGGUGAAGUACCAUCAGACCGGGGUGAACGACGCGCUAGUCAGUCUGAAGACUGGCAAACUUGAUGCCUUCAUAUACGAUGCAGCUGUGUUGAAUUAUAUGGCCGGUAGGGAUGAGGGCUGUAAACUAGUGACUAUUGGUAGCGGUUACAUCUUUGCCACCACUGGCUAUGGCAUCGCCCUGCAGAAAGGCUCGCUUUGGAAGCGCCCAGUGGAUCUGGCCAUCCUUGCUAUUAUCGGAGAUGGUGAGAUGGAGGAGUUGGAGGCUCAGUGGCUGACUGGGAUCUGCCACAAUGAGAAGAACGAGGUGAUGAGCAGCCAGCUGGAUGUGGACAACAUGGCUGGAGUGUUCUACAUGCUGGCGACUGCCAUGGGUCUCAGCCUCAUUACCUUUGUCUGGGAGCACCUGUUCUACUGGAGACUCCGAUACUGCUUCACUGGCAUCUGCUCGGGCACACCUGGCCUGCUCUUUAGCAUCAGCAGGGGUAUAUGGAGUUGCAUUCAUGGUGUCCAUAUCGACAUGAAAAAGAAGUCGUCUGACUUGGACUUCAGUCCACAGUCCAACAUGCUUAAGCUAAUCAAGUCUGCCAAGCAGAUGACUAACAUGACCAACCUCAGCGGCUCCAGGAUCAACUCCCCUAAACGUGGCAGUGAGUUCAUGCACUCGGCCAGCCCUAUGAUCAUUGACAUGAUGUCAGAGAAAGGGAACUUCAUCUACACUGACAAUCGCAGCUAUGCCCAAAAGGAUAUUUAUGGAGACUCCAGCGACUUGCAGGCUUAUCUGACCAAUCGCCACAAAGACCACCUGAACAACUACAUCUUCCAGGGUCAACACCCCCUCACCCUCAAUGAAUCAAACCCCAAUACGGUAGAGGUGGCGGUGAGCGCAGACACGGCCCAGCCCAAUGCGAAACCCCGGGCUCUGUGGAAAAAAUCAGUGGAUACAUUGCGUCAAACACCUGGGCCUGAUACUUUGGCCCCAGACCCCCGUCUGUCCAUGAAGAGUCAGAGGUACCUUCCAGAGGAUGCGGCACACUCUGAUAUCUCAGACUGCUCAAGCAGGGCCACCUCCUACAAAGAUCCCGACAAUAACAAGCACCUGAAGCCCAAGGAUAACUUAAAAAAAAGAUCGAUGACGUCAAAAUACCCUAGGGAUUGCAGUGAAGUAGAGCUGUCCUACUUAAAAAAUAAGCAGGGCGGAACGGGCCGGGAGAAAAUCUACACCAUAGACUCUGACCGGGAGCUGAGUCUGCACUCAGAGCCACAGCACUACAGAGAAGGCCGAGGCCUCACAACCGACGAUUUGGAUUUUGCUGAAGUUUACUCCGACCACAAUGACAAUUACAGGAAAUGCGACCAGCCCAUCAUCCAUCUAAACAGCAGCCCACUGCAUCAAAGCAACUCCGACCUCCUGCCAGACAACGUCUACAACACACACUACAGCUUGAAAGAGAAAAAUCUCAGUUCACACGAAAGCAACGACCGUUUCAAACAGACUCACUGCCGGAGCUGUCUUUCCAAGGUACCCAACUACAGCACUGGGCCGUACGCCCCUGUACGCUCCCCAUAUAACCGGUGUGAGGCUUGCCUCCACAUGGGCAACCUGUAUGACAUCAGUGAGGACCAGAUGCUGCAGGAGGCCAUGAUCAGCCCUAGCAAGCAGCAUGAUGACAUGUUCAGCCACUAUUGGCCUCAGACUGAUGGGCCGCACGUACAGAGGAGGAACAGACUGAGGCUCAGCCGUCAGCAUUCCUUUGACAAUAUCAUGCUUGAGAAGCCCAAAGAGAUUGACCUGAAUCGGCCGGCACGGAGCGUCAGCCUAAAAGAGAAGGACCGCUUCCUUGAUGACAGCCCUUAUGUGAACAUGUUUAACAUCAAGGCUGACAAACUGUUUGGCAGCAGGUCCAUGCUCUUUAACCGAAACCUGGAGGAAAGCAAGCGUAGCAAAUCACUUUACCCCGAUCACCCCACAGACAACCCUUUCAUGCAAUCUAUACGGGACGACACUCGCCUGGUCCAUGGCAGGAGCUCGUCGGACAUUUACAAACUACUGGCUCCCAUCAAAACCAGAAAUGAGAACAAUCUGAGGUCCUCUGUGAAGUCCACCACCUCAUACUCUUCCAGGGAUGAUCGAAUACCCAAUGACAUGUACAUUUCAGAGCAUGUAAUGCCUUAUGUAGCCAACAAGACUAGUGCAUACUCAGCUCCCCGGGUCCUCAACUCUUCACAGUUUAGCAAUAGACGAGUAUAUAAGAAAAUACCUAGUCUCGAGUCAGACGUUUAAUGCUUUUUGUGUAGUUUAAAUAUUUACUCACUUAGAAUGCCACAGUCACCUACAUCUAAAAAGUACCCAAGGACUCUCUUUGCAGAUAUCACUUUUCUUAUAUGAGAGAAUCAGCCUGGAUAGCACUUUCCAAAGGUUUCAGCAUUUUAGGAUGCCUGCCAGGCAACUAAUUGUUGAAAUACAGUCAAAUAUGAGCCAAUAAAAUGUGGUCCAGCAUAGAAGUGUGUUCACAAAAUGAAGCAGAUUAUAUGGUGGGGUUUCAGGCAUUUGGCCCCUCACAGCAUGUGAUGAAUGCAUACCUGUAUCAAACUGACUAUGGCUGGAUUAGUUCCUGAGCUCAAGGCAAGCAAGGGUAUUUCAUUCAAGGCACUCAGCAAUUGCAUUUUUGCUUUUAUUACCAUAUACUUGGGAUUUUUGGCAUUCUAAUCCCUAUUUAGAAUUAAGAAGUGAUCUUAUUUGGUAGCACAAUAAUUAUAAGUUACCUACCCACCUCUGCUUUAUAAACAGAAUUUCUAUAUUACCAUCAGGAAUAGAUUUUAUGUUUUGCAUGUGUUAUUUUUCCUUGUCUUUUCUCUCUUGUUUUGGUUGAAGAUAUAUUUACAAUAAGUUGAUUUGGUUGGACAACUGAGAUGGUCAUCUGUGCAAUGAAAACGUGACCUGUAUAUAGGUGGUUUGACCCUGGGUUGUGUUGGAACCCUGAGAUAACACAUGUGAGCAGCCUCUGGGAAUAUUGUGUUGGUCCUCCAUUUACGUAAGUUAAGAUGCUUUUGUAAUGAAUGUUUGUCUCAAAUUCAUUCUGUCAAUGUACACUGUGAUACCAAAUCAGAACAUCACCUCCAGAACAUUGUAGUUUGGCAGAGCCUUCACUUACAAAAAAGUACCAAAAGUACCAUGGUACUAUCAUGGUUUUUGAAUAUGUAUCAUGGAACUAUCAUGGUUUUUUGGACAUGCACAUGGUAUAACCAUGUUUUUUUGGACAUGUACCUUGGUACUUCCAUGUGUACUUGGUACUUGGAUGUGUACCAUGAUACUACAAUGAUUUUGUUUUUUGUAUAUUGGUACUACUAUGAUAUUUGGACAUACACCAUUUGUACUACCAUGUUUAUUUGGACAUGGUACCAUGGUACUACCAUAGUAUUCUUGGAAGUACCUUGGAUUUCCAUAUAAAUACUGUGGUACAUGAAUUUCAGUAACAUGGUAUAAAUCAAAGUACCAUGGUAUUACCAUCUGAUACCAUCACAGUACCAGUUCCAACACAGUACUUUUUUUGUAAGGGUUGCUUUGCUGUUGAGAGCCAGUCAAGUCUAAAGAGUGACACAUUUUAAACCUUGGGUUAGCUUAAAGUUUGAACUAGAACAUUGGUUUUCUGUUGCAGUCCCGAACAUCAACAUAUGCUAUUCAAACAAAGGACUAACAAGCAAGACCUUUUUUUCUGCAGACCUAUUACUAAACGUUAUAUUGUAUAAACACACUCAAUGAACUCAAAACACAUAGCCAAAUUUUAUAUUAGAUCAAAUACCUCAGGAUGCUUCUUUGUCAUUUUGUGUACCAGUUUUACUGCAGCACUGAAAGAUGCAUUUACAUUUUGUUAGGCAUGCUACUAAAUUAAUGGGAUUCUUUAUUUCCUUGCACUCCAGUGUUGUCCAUGGACUUCCAGUGCAGUUGUGACACAAAUAGACAUGAACAAUGAGAGUAACAGCAAUCAGAGCUCAUUAUGCUAUCUUUGAAUCAAGUGUUUCGUUUACGAGUUCAGCAUUUGUAGUGCAACAGGUUUUUUUAUGGCAUGGAUCAGAUGCAGAGCUGAAUAUGAUAUAAAGAUUAAAUGAUUUACAUGUUUGAACACUCUUAUAUCAGACAUAUUGUUUCUUUUACCUUACCCAAUAAUCUGACAUUAUACAAUGUACACCAUCGUUUUGAAUAUCUCAACACUAUCAUAGUAAUGAACAUAUUCAUCAUAUGAAGUGCUGCUUUAUGAAGCUAAUGUGCAGUAUGCACAUGUAAAAUAUCAAGGUCUUGUAAUCAUGUAUGCCAUGCAUAGUUUCUACUCUUUGCCACUUGUUUUUUUUUUUUUUUUUCCACCCUUGUAAUAAUUCCAGUCUUGAAAGAAAAUGUAUUUUGAUUACAUGAAAUAUUAAUGGCAUGCAAGUCAAUUGUAACUUUUUCUAUGUUUUUGUUAUGAUAUUAUGAUCACAGAUUAUUUGUUACAGGGUGCAAAUAUAGCAUAUGUAUGAAAAGAAAUUUUUCAAAAGCAUUACAGUGCUGUGGUUUUGGGGAAAUAAGCAAGGUAAUAACCUUUAGCCCAUCACAGUAUUUAAUAUAUUUAUCAUUGAGCCACAUCUGAGUUUAUUUUAUAUCUGGAGGCCACCUUUGUGAGGUGAGGUGAAUAUCCUUGCUCUUCCAUGAUUGGCAGGUGAAAACAUCACUGGGGGGUGGGGGGGGGGAGUCCUUUUUGGGUCUGCUAUACCUCCAAAGAUAUGUCUUCUUGAUUUUCUCUAUUAUCUAUGGUUUGCUGUAAGAAUAGAGCUUUUUUAAUUCUUCAAAGACUUAAGCAACUAUUUUGAAUAUAAGAUACUUGUAAAUUGCUUGUAAAUUCAUGCUCGAAUAUGUCAUUAUGAACGUAACGAUUAUACAGAGUAAACAAUAUUUUGUGUGUAGGUUUCACAGGUCUGUAUAGUAGCACUCGUUUUCUGUAGCAUAUGUAUCGAGAAAAAAAAGACAUCACUCACAAGGUCAGCAUUGAAACAUCACCUUAAGAGAUUUCAAAGUCUCCAUGCAGUUUGUAAUCAGGGAUUGUAGCCCUGCAGUUUUUGUAAGCUUGAUGAUUUCGGAGGGUGGAGUGGGGGAUACAGGCAUUGAAGCAGGUUUUUCUAAGUAAAUACUGUGAGUCCACUUGAAGGUGAGCUUGGAUCAAACAUGCCUAUAUAUCAGUUUGUGGAGAGCUGAGAGAGGCCUCUUUGGUUCAUAGGCGUACUGCGCAAGGGCCGUUGUGAGACUGCAGGGUUUUGAAUCAUCCUGCUCAUGAACCAAAUCUCUGUGGCCACUCGGCCGCCAAACUUCUGGGAUUUUUACACAACAUCUUGAAAACCAAAAUGUACUUUUUACUUCACCAGUAGUGUCGUUCUGUGGUUAGCGAUGGUUAUUGGAGGUGGUCAUAUCUGUUAUGUAGAACAGUGCAGGUCAGGUAUUGAUGGCAACUAGAUAGAGAUUAACUGUCUGAGAUUAUUUUAUGUAGCAGUUUUUGGCUAGGCAAAAGCCAUGCAUAGUUUAUUAAAAAUCAAAUAUAUUAUAUUUUUGGUUUUAUUUAUCUUUCAUAGAAUAGUUAAACAAAUAUGAACUUAAAGUAGCUCAAAUGCCAAUUAUUUCCAUAAGAAAAGCUAGACUAGGCAAAGUAGUUGACUUACUAAGAGUAAGCAAGGUACAAGAUUUUUAAGUCACAGAAACAAUUAGUACUUUCUCAAUUACACCUUAAAUGUCUGUUAAAAAUGUAUCUGUUUUGUACGUCACAUUUGUUAUGCCCCAUUUUUUUAAUCAGAGAAUCAGACUGUUUUGUGUAUGUUUGUGCGUAUCUGUUAUUCAUUACUGUUAAGAAGAGAGAGGCAUUAGUUAAAGGGAUAGUUAACCCAAAAAUGAAAAUUCUGUCAUCAUUUUCUCACCCUCAGGUUGUUCCAAACCCAUAAGACUUUCUUUCUUCUGUGGAACACAAAAGGAGAUUUUAGGCAGAAUGUUAUGGACUGAGCUUUGGUCACCAUGUGCUUUUAUUGUAUAGAAAAAAAAAGAUGCUGUGAAAAUUUCCACAGAAAGAAGAGCAAGUCAUAUGUGUUUCAGAUGACAUUUGAGUGAGUAAAUGAUGAUAGAGUUUUCAUUUUUGGGUGAACUAAUGAUUUUAAGAUUUUUACAGUCCAUAGCACCCCUUGAAAUGAUGCAUAGAUGAGCUGACUAUUUAUACUUGAAAAAUGUAUUAUGUCUUUUCAGAUAGCUGAAACAGCUCUAUCAACAUGAGUUUUGUAAUAAAUACCCAUUACAGUCAAAUAUACAUACAAAAACCAUUUUCUUUUCAUUUAGGUACAUUUUAUUACAGCAUAGGGCAGAAUAUAAAAAAUAGAUGCAUUUGAUGCACUAGAGGGAAGCAGGGAUGUGAGACCAUUACCUAACACAACAAUAGAUCUCCCUCCGAGUCAAUUUUGCAUCCACAAGACCAUUCUAAAUCCAUUCUUCCCAAAUUUGAUAUUUUGCCAAGUGCAGUGUAGUAAGAACAAUGGGCCCUCACUGCUGCCAAGCAAGCUGUUGUACUGCCACUGCAUCAUUGGCUGUGUUCCCAAGUUUCAAGGAGAAAGCACCUCAACUCAAAUUACAUCUGCCUGAAUCACACAAGGCACAGUGAAAUGGGGCAGGUGGCAUAAGACAGGAGUGUGAGCCUUCAUGCAUGACUGUGUCAACUAUGUAGCUCACUCCCUUUCACUCUCAGGCUGCUUCAUAACCCUCAGGAAGACAAAAAAAUAAAUAAAAAAAAAUAAAAUAAAAAAUACAAAUAAAUGGCAGCUUGGAAACAACAUUGACAGUUUGCUUGAUUCCAACAAAUCCCUUGCUCAUAUUUCCUCACAGUUCUCAAAUGAGAGCUUUUUACUCACUGUCAGUCAUGCAGUUCUUUAAGAAAUUUCAUAUUUUUGAAAUAGUACUUUCAUCACCUUUGCAUGACUGCUAUUUAUUGUCUUUAA